AUGUCUCAGGUCGAUUCAGCUAAAGGUCGCUUAAAGAGAGCAUUAGAUUUUACUCUGAUUUUUUUUUCUCUCUCUUUUUUCCUCUCUCCCUCCAUCUCUCUCUCUCUCUCUCCCCCUCCAUCUCUCUCUCUCUUGGAGUUUCACUUUUUUUUUCAAUAUUGUCUUUCUCUUCUCUCUCUUUCUAACACUCUCAGUUUAUCUCUGCUUCUUUCUCUCUUUCUCUCUCUCUCUCUCUCUCUCUCUCUCAUAGUUUCAAUUUUUAAAAAAUUUGUUCUUUCUCUUCUCUCUCUUUCUAAAACAGUCUCACUUUCUCUGUCUCUAUCUAAAUUAUCUGUCUGUCUCUCUUUCACUUCUCUCUCUACAUAUAUAUUGAUUUUUCUUCUCCCUCUCUCAUACUUUUUUCUUUCUGUCUGUCUUCUAUUUUUCUAUCACUUAACUCUCUCUUUCUCUCUCUCUCUCUCUCUCUUUUCAUACACCCCCUUUCUCUCUCAGCCUGUUCUUGUCCUCCCCUCUAAUAGUGCUGCUUCUCACACUCUCUCUUUUCACAUGCUCGUUCAGCUCUUUCUUUUUGUCUCUUUCUCCUCCCAUUGUCUCUCUCUUUCUUUUCUUCUUACUGUCUCUCUCAUUCUUUUUCUCUCAUUGACUCUCUCUUUCUUUACCUCUUACUAUCUCUCUCAUUCUUUUUCUCUCAUUGUCUCACUCUUUCUUUACCUCUUACUAUCUCUCUCAUUCUUUUUCUCUCAUUGUCUCACUCUUUCUUUUUCCUUUUACUGUCUCUCUCAUUCUUUUUCUCUCAUUAUCUCUUUCUUUCUUUUUCACUAUCUCACUCUCUCACCUCUCUCUUAA